GCAGUGUGGUGAAGGGCGCAGUCGCGCCGCCGCGUCCCUGCCGCCUCCGCCACCCCGCAGGCCCCAGGUUCCCCACUACUGUUGUUGCCUGGUCCCACGUCCCGGUGUCCCCGCUUCUGUGGGAUGACGCUCAAGUCGAGUGAGGGCGAGGGUGGGGGCAGUAUGCGCACGGCGCUGUCUGACCUCUACCUGGAGCACUUGCUGCAGAAGCGCAGCCGGCCGGAGAAAAGAGACCAACUGGGGCUUGGACUCAUUAAUGUGCCUAUCACUGGAGAGACUGUGUCAAACCAGUUGAAUGCCGUAACUGAGGAUAUGUACACCAACGGGUCUGCUGCCCCAGGUAGCCCUGCCCAGGCCAAGGGACAAGAGGUGCGGAAAGUGCGUCUCAUACAGUUUGAGAAGGUCACAGAGGAGCCCAUGGGGAUCACUCUAAAGCUGAAUGAAAAGCAGUCCUGCACUGUUGCCAGAAUCCUUCAUGGAGGCAUGAUUCAUAGACAAGGCUCUCUUCAUGUGGGAGAUGAGAUCCUAGAAAUCAAUGGCACAAAUGUGACUAAUCACUCAGUAGAUCAGCUGCAAAAGGCAAUGAAAGAAACUAAAGGAAUGAUCUCAUUAAAAGUAAUUCCCAAUCAGCAAAGUCGUCUUCCUGCACUACAGAUGUUCAUGAGAGCACAGUUUGACUAUGAUCCCAAAAAGGACAAUCUGAUCCCUUGCAAGGAGGCGGGGCUAAAGUUUGUCACAGGGGACAUUAUCCAGAUCAUCAACAAGGAUGACAGCAACUGGUGGCAGGGACGGGUUGAAGGUUCCUCCAAGGAGUCAGCAGGGUUGAUCCCUUCCCCUGAGUUGCAGGAAUGGCGAGUGGCAAGUGUGGCUCAAUCUGCUCCAAGUGAAGCCCCAAGCUGCAGUCCCUUUGGGAAGAAGAAGAAGUACAAAGACAAGUAUCUUGCUAAGCACAGCUCAAUUUUUGACCAGUUGGAUGUUGUUUCCUAUGAGGAAGUUGUUCGGCUCCCCGCCUUCAAGAGGAAGACCCUGGUGCUGAUCGGAGCCAGUGGGGUAGGUCGCAGCCACAUUAAGAAUGCCCUGCUAAGCCAAAAUCCAGAGAAGUUUGUGUACCCUGCCCCAUAUACAACAAGGCCACCAAGGAAGAGUGAGGAAGAUGGAAAAGAGUACCACUUCAUUUCAACAGAGGAGAUGACAAGAAACAUCUCUGCCAAUGAGUUCUUGGAGUUUGGCAGCUACCAGGGCAACAUGUUUGGAACCAAAUUUGAAACAGUGCAUCAGAUUCAUAAGCAGGACAAGAUUGCCAUCCUUGACAUUGAGCCCCAGACCCUGAAGAUUGUUCGAACAGCAGAACUUUCACCUUUCAUUGUGUUCAUUGCACCUACUGACCAGGGUGCUCAGACGGAAGCCCUCCAGCAGCUACAGAAGGAUUCUGAGGCCAUCCGCAGCCAGUACGCUCACUAUUUUGAUCUCUCAUUGGUCAAUAAUGACGUUGAUGAAACCCUUAAGAAACUGCAAGAAGCCUUUGACCAGGCAUGCAGUUCUCCACAAUGGGUGCCUGUCUCCUGGGUUUACUAAGCUUGCAAAACAGGGAGGACCCACUGUAUGCCUCUCCCCAGCAGCUGGGACUCCCAUUCCCCUUGCUUUUAAGAUAAACAGGGCUACUUGUCAACUAGUUCUGUGUUUGCUUCCAGCUCUCUGCAAUUGUCCUAAAUAGGCCAAUAGAAUCCACUGCUCUUGCUCAGGUUCCUGAAGGGCUAGGGUUUGGACAGAUGGGGUCCUAUUGAUCUGGAUUUCAAAAGGAUCCCUGGAAUUGGGAAUAAUAAGUAUCAUCAAAAUGCAAGUGCUAAGCAAAGAUGAUUCACAAAAUAGCAACAGACCCUGUCCUCUUAAGUCUGAGCUCCUUCACCUUCAAAUACACUAGGCAUCUUUUCUUUUUAGAGAAAAUAUCUUCUGCAACUAUUUCUAAAAUGCCAAAAAUGAAAGAGCUGUACAAAACAAUGUCUGCUCUAGGAGAAUCCUCAAAAGCAAUAAAAAUAUUGCUGUUAAAAUGCCAA